CACUCAUUCAUCACUGUUGGGACUGUCCGAGUAGAUGUGUUUUGUUUCUCUGUAUAUUAGCUAGUUCUUGGAAAACUUUCAAAAUCCUGUAUUCUGAAACCAGCGUUACAUGUUGAAGGCAAACGCGUUGAAUGUGUAUAGUUCUUCGCGACAAACAACAAAAAAUAGCUCUGAUACUUACUGAACAAGGUGGCUCAACGACGUGGCUAAUGUGAAUCGCAAUAACUCUAGAAGAUGCGAUCGAAAAGAACUUCGGAGAAAAUAGUGGUUCUCCGGAACGUGAUCUCGUCCUGGAGUCAAUUACUUUUCGCUCUACAAGUUUCCUUAAUAAUUUUGCUAUCUUACCUGGUUGCGGCAGACGGGUCGAGUUUGAAGCUCUCAAUUGGAUUUGUAUCAACUCCUCAAGAUCAUCUGUCGCUUCAGUCACAGCAAGAAAUUAGAAAUGCCUUUGAAAUGGCCGUAAAUGAAGCUAAUGCACUUGGACAUUUACCAGAAAAUGUAACGUUAGCGAUGACGUUUCACACGGUGCAAGUGAACCAUUCUGUAUCAGCUGCACUAGAAGAGAUGAUGCGAUCAGGAGCUGUGACGGCGUUUGGUCAUGCUGACGUUUGCAACCACCUCACAUCAGCAUUGAAGUCACGAAACAGAAUUGCUAUAUCUAACGUGUGUGGUGACGAGAAGCUGUCCAAUAAGGACCUCUUUCCAGCAUUCUUGCGCACUCGACCGCCAGAUUCGCAGAUGGUCGAGUCCAUACUAGCGCUGUUGCAACAUUACGACUGGAAUAGCAUCUCCGUGGUAGUCGAAAACACCACGAAAUGGCGAGCAACGGCGCUUUCUCUCGAAAGAAGGACAGGGCAUAAAGAGGGUCUUGCUGGACACAGACGCAAUAUAACAACGAUUCAUAGAAUUUAUUUUAACGAUAACAGGUUAUGUUGCGCACUCAAGCAACCCUGCUGCUACGUAGCCUGGCCACAUGACAUUUUCCAGAAAAUGAAAUCUUCGACAAAAAUUUUCAUUUUCUUAGGAGAAAAAAUAUCUUUGCGGAAAUUCGUUCAAGCAAUUGAAGAUCUGGAACAAUGGCGGGCAAACCAAUACCUCGUCAUCUCUUGCGAUUCAGAAGCUUUCAGUACUUCGUGGAGCACUAAUUUCCUUCAACCUCCAAGAAUCGAGAAAAUGGUGGACGAAAACAACAACUGGGAUACCGAUAGUGUUUUAACAGAAUCAAGGAAAUUUAACGCUUACAGUAAACUGGUUGAAAACACUUGGUUACCCAACACACCACAGGCUCCAAAACAUACGUAUUCUAAAGAAUUUAGAGCGAAAACGACACCUGGAAAUAUUAUGAUUAUCCGCAACAUUGCAAACGAGCAGCUGAAAUCCUUUACGCGACGACUUCGACUGUUCUCCAGCCAAAAACACCCAAUAGACAAGGAUGUGGUGUCCUUGCUGCCCUCAUCCAUUUACGCCGCUUACGCGUACGAUGCUAUCAUGGUUUAUACGCAUGCUCUGGCUUUCCAUGUUAAGAAACAUGGCUCAAGUAGAAAUAGCGUAAUGGAAGCGGCCUUGAAUGGCUCACUCCUAUUCAACACUAUAUUGGAAAUUCAAAACUUCUCAAGUGUUCGAGGAGGAUUUAUUUCCUUUAAUGCAAAUGGAGAUACCGAAGACAGCUACAUCGCUGUGGGCUCUUCAAAUUUAUUUCCACCAAGAUUCAAUUCAUCCGUAGACGUCCAUACGAAUGUCAUGGUUCCCUUUGGCUUUUUUCGUGGAACUAUAUUCCACCCGACCUCUGAGCUGAAUCACACACUUCACACCAGUUUUGCCGGUUCUGAAAGCAAUUCCGAAGAUCAAGUGAUUUAUGACGUUGAAUUACUCAAUGACAACGUAAAUAUGACGAUAAUUGUUGCCCAUCUGCUCACUUUGGCUGCGAUGGUAUACCUGUUUACACAUCAAGCUAGAAAACUAGCCGCAAAAAUGGACAUCCUCACAAUCAACGUAGCCAUAUCGACGGACGCGGAACUUAGUUCUCAUCUUUUAAAUGUGAAACAGAUGCGGGUUAUGAAUUAUCCUUUGCACCCAAAUAAGGUGGUUGACGACUGGCGAAUGAAGGUCUGGAACAAAUCUAUCAAAUGGACAUCUUCGUGGCCAGCACUCGACUGUGAAACCAUUGGAGAAAUUCGGCAAAUGCGCAGGCUUCAGCACGAGAACAUAAAUCCAUUUAUAUGCGCCAUCGUUGAACCGGCUCGGAUAUGUAUCAUAACUGAAUUUCAGUCACGGAAAAGUCUUAUGGACGUUCUAUCAACCUCUAAUAACGAUUUGAACUGUAAACUGAUUGCUUCCCUUGCACUUGAUUUGGUCAAAGGCAUGCUCUACAUUCAUAGCUCCGAUUUACGCUGCCAUGGAAAUCUAAAAUCUGCGAAUUGCUUGCUCGAUUCAAAUUGGACUCUUAAGGUAGCGGAUUUUGGUUUACACAAAUUACGGAAUGCUGCAAAAGACUCUAGCAAGAACGAAAGAGACUAUUACUUUGAUUUACUAUGGACAGCCCCAGAGAUCUUGCGUAAGCCAUCCUUAAUGGGCACACCCGAAGGUGAUGUCUAUUCUUUUGCUGUCAUUCUACAUGAAAUGGCCUGUCGACAAGGUCCUUUUGCUAUCUAUUAUGACCUUGGUGAUCCUGCAAGAAUCAUCAGUCAAAUAAAGCAUACCGUUCGAGGAUGUCAAAUUCCAGCACGGCCGCCUAUUGAAAGCUUAGACUGUCGCCUGGCAUACAUGUUUCCCUGUAUGGUUGACUGCUGGAUUGAGGAUCCCAAUGAGCGUCCUAAUUUCUCCUCAGUUCUGCACUAUCUCACGAAACUAGGAGGGGUCAGCACGGAUUUUACGUAUAAAAAAACGUUAGCGUCAGAAGACGUGUGCAUAGAUGAGGAGAAGCGCGCUUUAGAAGAAGAAAUCCAAAAUAUUGACGAAGUCCUCCAUCGUAUUAUUCCCAAAUCAGUAGCUAACUGUUUGGCGAAUGGACUACCAGUAGAAGCGGAGCUAUGGGAGAACGUGACUGUCUUUGAAGCUGAUUUGGUAGGAUUCACAGAAAUAGCAUCUGAAACGACACCGCUAGGAACCAUGAUCCUUUUAGACGAUGUUUAUACCUUGUUCGAUUCCAUCGCCAGGGGCUAUGAUGUUUGCAAAAUAGGGACGAUCGGAGAUGCCUACAUUGUGGUUUCAGGUAUGCAGCCUACCCAUGGAAAGAAUUCUGCUGGAGAAAUUGCCUCUAUGGCUUUAGAAGUUGUGGAAAAAAUGAAAGGUUCCGGAAUCGGACAUCGAGGCAAGCCAUUAGUAGUGCGCAUCGGCGUUCAUACCGGUGACCUCGUAACGGGAGUAGUGGGCAGUACUAUAAUGCCUACCUAUUCUAUUUUUGGUGACACGGUGUCUGUAGCGUCACGAUUGGAGUCCACAAGCUCGGAGCUGCGCAUCCAGAUUAGUGAAGCUAGCUAUCAAGAGCUACAGCAAAUUGGAGGCUACAUAACUGAAGAACGCACUGAUAGAAAUGAGGCUGCAGAAUCAUUCAAAACUUAUUGGCUGAUCGGGAAAACGUCUAAAGCGGUACAAAGAAGAGAAAAAGAUUGUUCGAGCGUGAAAUCUCUUUGUAAUCGGCAGUCAGUCAUAUCUUUGACAAGCACCGAUAUCUACAUCGAUCACUCGAUUGACGACGAUCCAUCAAAUCUAAGUUCCCCAUAAAAAGCUUCAAGUCACCUAGCAAUCUCACUUUUAAACGUAAGGCUUGUUAGCUAUCAUCAUUUAUCUUAUCCCGUUUCCCAAAUUCUAGGCCAUUUUCGCAAACACUGUCGUGUUAUUCUGAUAUGCUAGAGGCCUUCGUGACGGGAUAUUUGCUAUUGUCCGUAUCGGACGUUGUGUAACUCAAGUUAAAUUCAUGCCGGAAUUCUAUAGCUCUUCAGUACUGUCGACCUCCAACAAACCAAAAGGAUAUUUUUAACGACUUUGAUUUGGAAUGCGUUGGUUAGCAAAUAUUUCGAUCACGUGAUUUUCUUUGUUUGCUUCAAUGUGCAAUGACAUGUACUGAAUGCCUGUUUUACCGUGACUGAGAGCUAAUGCGUAUCUAAAAGCCGGUACCUCCUGAUCAGCAUGCAUGGCAGGCAACAUUUCCUUUUACAAUCAGGGAAAAUAUAUGCAAAAGUGUUUCCAGAAAUA